AUGGCUGCCAUGGUGGAGGAAGCUGUCGGUAGAGCUCUCCGGCGAGAGAGAGUUUUUAGGGAUCGAACCAACCCCUUAGACGCCUAUUGCGACACAGAGCUCCGUAAGAGGUAUCGGUUCUCUCGCCGGGGAUGCAUCUACCUCAUACAUCUCCUCCGUAUUGAUCUCGAACACCCAACAGGAAGAUCGAGGGCCCUCCCUGCUUCAUUGCAGAUAUUUCUAGCGCUAGCAUUUUUUGCUUCGGGGGCCCUCUUGACGACUGUUGGGACAAUGCAUGGGAUCAGCAUUGCCUCGACUUCAAGGGCCAUACGACGGGUCACCAAGGCCCUAUUCCGUAGAAGAAAUCAAUUCAUCAAAUUUCCGAAGAGCGAGAGAGAUGUCCUCCAUAUUCAGGAGCAAUUCUUCGCGGUUGCAGGUUUCCCAAAGGUGGUAGGGGUAAUAGACUGCACGCACGUACAUCUACAUGGCAGCAAGCUCAAGCCCAUAGAACACCUAUACGUGAACAGGAAGAACCGCCACAGCAUCAACGUCCAGCUGAUCUGUGGGCCUGAUUUCCUCAUCUCAAAUGUGGUGGCAAGGUGGCCAGGAUCGACCCACGAUAGCAGAAUACUACAAAUGAGCAGACUCGCGAGGAAGUUCGAGCAGAGAGAGUACAAAGGAAUUUUGCUGGGAGACUCCGGAUACCCCCUUCUUGAGUGGCUGAUGACCCCGGUGUUGAAUCCCUCAACCGACCAGGAGAAAUCCUACAACAAUGCCCAUGUGAAGACGAGGGUAAAAAUAGAAAUGUUGAAUGGCCAGCUCAAGAAUAAAUUCCGGUGUCUCAUCGGCCACGGCUUAGCCAUGAAGCCAAAGAGAGCAUGCGACGUGAUCAACGCGUGUUGCAUUCUGUUCAACAUUUCUAAGAAGCUGCGAGAACCUGAUAUGGAGGACGACAUCCAAGUCAUUGAUGAGGCUGAUGAUGCCUUUCACGUUGCAGAAUAUAACAUUGGGGGUCAAGCUGCUCGAUCACAUAUAAUAAAUAACUUUUUUGUUUAA